UUCCCGAACAGACACAUACAAGUUUGUCCGUGACUGCAGCCGCUAAGUCAUCGUUAUUUUCUACAGUCAUUGGUCAGCACUAUAAUGUAUACAAAUACAUGUAGGUCAGAAUCCCCGCCCCUCAAGCACGCCCCUGCACGCCAAAACAGUGCCAGCAAAUUGAAACAGAAAAAAUUGGAUUGAGACUGAAAAAAAAAUGGAUUGGAACUAAAGAAAAAAAAUUGUAAGCGAAAACAAAAAAUGUAAAGUUUCAAUUAAUCAUUUUUUACUAUCAUUUUUUUUUACUUUCAAUACAAGAUUUUUCAGUAUAUUUAUUGCAGUUACAAUAUUUCUUUUUAGUUUCAUUUUAAGGUGGCAUCGUUCUAACCCCAUAGUGAGACAGCUGAUUACUGACCAUUAUUUAUUAUCACAAAAAAAGAAAACUUAAGUGCCCAUUGAUCUCACUAGUGUUGGCUGAACAAACACUAUUUUUUUAGGUAACGCAGUUCUUUAUUCAGUGAUCACAUUACAGUUUGCAAUCAGUUAUGUUGUUAACUUGUGUUACUCUGCGAUUGAGUCUCCGCUACCGCUUGCGACAGAAUCAUCCAGCCACAAAAUGGACUCAGCAGAUUCAGCGGCCUCGACCCCCACUCUCACCACAUUGGUGGCAAUGCUGGAGCGUAAUGAGCAGAUGUUUACCAGUAUUCGAGGUGAGCUUGCAAACCUCACACAGGUUGUAGCCCAGCGAACACCUCUGGUGGUGAAUCCACCCGCCGCCGCACCACCGCAGGAGACACCAGCUCCAACCGUAAGUGCCACAGCACCAGCUCCUACACCUGUUCUAUUAGACAGAUUUCUCCCUACACCAAGAGUUUUUUCUGGAGAACUUGGUAAAUGUGCUAGCUUCCUCACUCAAUGUUCUCUCCAGUUUCGUCAGCAGCCACAAGUUUUUUCUAAUGAUGGUGCUAAAAUUGCUUAUAUUGUACAGUUACUCCAGGAUCACACACUGACAAGGGCGCAGGCAGUGCUUCACGCUACCCCUGAAAUGUCUUUUUCUAACUUUAUUGAUAAGUUUAAAAGUGUGUUUGACAAAGAAUCCACUACAGCCACCGCUGGGCAACGCUUACUCACUCUCAUCAGAUAAACUCAAAAAUGAACUGAUGCUUCGUGAAUUGCCUUCCUCUUUAGAUGCCCUUAUGACUCUGUGUAUUCGAGUGCAUGAUCAAGUACCCGCGCACCAGAGUUCACAUGCACGCUUGGGUUAUGAACCCCUGGGACUUCAUGGAGCCUCCACAGCGGCUUGUGGGCCAUGCGAGUCUGACCUCGGUGAAGAGGAGGAGCAGCCCAUGUAGCUGGCACGCUCACGGCUUUUGCCCACGGAACGCCAACGCCGUUUCACCGCCGGUGAGUGCGUUUAUUGCGGCCGCAAUUGGCACUCGGUUUCCACCUGCCUGGCACUGGCAAAAGGGCGCACCCACCAGUAAUAGAGAGAAUACUGGUGGGCGAUCUGUCGAGUGAUAAUUUUCUCCCCAGACUCCUCUUGCCUCCUAGGCUUUGUGUUCAGACUGUCUCCCAUUCUCUCUCUGUUCUCGUCGACUCGUCGAAUUUCAUUGACACCUCGCUCGCCGCUAGAGACACUGCCAAACUCUCUUCGUGUUCAUGCACUGUCAGGUCAGCGUCUACUCGACAUUACCCAUGUUUCAGAGCCGCUCUCUCUCUCUCUCGUUCGGGUAGUCACACAGAGAGAAUUUGUUUUUUGCAUUCAAGGCACACGCUCACCCUGCUACUGUUAGGCCACCCUUGGCUUGUGCUCCACAACCCACACAUUGACGAAAAGGAUAAGGAAUCAUUCGGCCAGACGUCUCAACUCCCGGCAGGCCAGGUGGGCUUUGUUCUUUACCCGCUUUGAUUUUACUAUCACCUACAGGAUCACGGAAUGUGAAGCCGGACCACCUUUCCCAGCAGUUCUCCACCACAGAGGAGGAAUCGGACCCGAGCCCAUCCUCCCGCCUGCGUAAUUGGGGACGUGUCAUGGGAGAUCGAGUCGCUCAUCCAGGAGGCACAAGAAUCUGAGUCGGAUCCAGAAACCGGCCCACCCAGCAGCCUCUUCGUUCCUAAAUCUGUCUGCCCUCAAGUUCUCUAGUGGGCUCACACCACCCGUUUCUCGUGCCACCCGGGGGUCCUCCGCACCAUAUCCUUCCUCUGAUGCUACUUUUGGUGGCUCACUAUAGCAAAAGAUGCCAGGGAAUUUUUGUCAGCCUGUUCUACAUGGGCUCAGAAUAAACUUUCCAACCGUCCUCCGUCGGGCCUUCUUCAGCCUCUCCCCACGUCGGCUCGCUCUUGCUUAUUUCGUCACCCUUCCGAAACUUUCCACUGCCUUGGAGACGGCCCGGCUUCUCACCACCCACGUGUUCAGGCUCCACGGGAUCCCUGAGGACAUCGUUUCGGACAGAGGGCUGCAGUUUACAUCACGUGUGUGGAAGGAGUUCUGCUACGCUCUGGGCACAAAGUCGACCUGGAGUGAACAGCUUCCAUGGAUUGAGUACGCGCAUAACAGCCACACCUCCGCCGCUACAGGAAAGUCUCCUUUUGAAGCAUCCCUGGGAUACCAACUGCCUUUGCUUCCUGCCAUCAAAGGUGAGCACUCCGUUCCGUCUGUGCAAGCUCAUCUCCGCAGGUGCCACCAUGCCUGGCGUGCGACUCGGGCCGCCCUACUCCGGACUAAAGAACGGAACAAGGCGCUCGCUGACUGCCAUCGGACACCUGGCCCUGGAGUAUGCUGUGGGACAACAGAUCAAGCCCGUGCUCUCCAGCCGUUGUGCGCCCUCCCCCCACCCUGGCUUGUGGAUGGUCAGCUGGUUUAUAACAUCACCCGCAUCAUGGACUCCCGACGCCGGGGUAGUGGCUUUCAGUUCCUGGUGGAUUGGGAGGGCUACGGGCUAGAGGAACGUUCCUGGGUGCCUCAGGCGCCUAUCCUGGAUAAGGGUAUGCUUCGUAACUUCCAUCGCAGGUAUCCAGGUAAGCCUGGUGGGUCUCCGGGAGGCUCCUGUUGAGGUGGGGGUACUGUCAUGGUCCCCAUAUCUGCCUGGCCGGCCCUGCAAGGAUACAUGUGUUUUUGUUUUGCUCUCUCCCUCUCCCCUUCGCUGCUCCGCCUGGGCGGAGCUCAGGAUAAUUGUGCGAGACACGUUAGUGAUUCUCUCUAGCUUUUGUAAACGUAGCUUGUGUAAAAUCCGUGACUUUGUGUAACCCGCCUUUCCAGUGUAAUAGUUUUCCCCAAACCUGUGACCUUCCCGCUGUGUGGACGUGUGUGUGUUGGAGUGAAGGAGGAGAGGAGAAGUGUGAGAGAGCUUUCCCCUGGACCUUUCCCUUGGACACUAGGAUCCCUGGAUUUUCCCCCCACUGUACAUAUUCUGCACUUGGUGUUUGUAAAUAAACUCUGUGUUUGGAACUGAAAAGCCGCUUUGCACUUGAGUCUCCACUACUCCUUGUGACAGUUAUAGAGUUUUAAUAUGCGUAUUUAAUAUGUGUAAAAUGGCAGAUAGAAGUAAAAAAUCAUCAAGCAAGCCUUUUCUCUUUUGGUCACUUGACCUAUUUAAGUUAGCCCUUCAGGGAGGAGGAAAAUACUGUAGGGGUCUACAGCUUUUGAGGAAUGGAGAGGUGAAGAUUACUUUUAUUUUUUAAUGCAUGAAAUGAAAAAGAGUGAAAUGCAAAUUGAAUCCAGGACAGUAACAACAACCCAGUGCUGCUAACACACAACAAUAAGCAAGCAUCUGCACAGACAACAGGCUAACACAAAUGUCACAAAGAACUCAGAGUGAUGGUGAAGCUGAGUGUAUGCCAAGCAGCCAGAGCCUGAUAAUCAACAGGUGACUACGGCAGUAAUGAGCUGUCAGGCUUGUAGCAUUUUAGCCUCUACACAGAGUCGUAUGGUAAUCACUGUGAAGUACUCUUUCAAGUGGUUGUCAACUUUGUGUUUAUAAGUAAACACUAAAAGACAGACCGUGUGUGUGUCCAAAACACACUGGAAAAACAAUUUGUGUCAGUGAAUGGGUCUGUCGCCUAAGAUUUGCACUGUUAACUGAUAACUAUCCGACUUUGUAUUUCAGGCCAUGCUAUGGAGUAAUUUAAUCUACUUACAUUUAUACAGUGCUUCUCCAGUCUUGCUGAGUACUAUAAACACUUUAGACUACAAGCCAAAUUUUAACCACACAGUCAAACAGCACUUUAUUCUAUACAUUUCAAGCACUUUAUUUACCUCAUAUCAAUGGCUUUGGACUGCAGGAAGAAGCGGAAGUACCCAAAGGACACUUCAGUGAAUAAAACUCCCGCAAGGAUUCAAGCUAUGGCCCUUCUUAUUCUUAGACAAUAGUGCUAACUAUCUGCCACUGUGCUGCCACAUGCAGUGAGUAGUGCAAAAAAAUUGAAUCAAAUCAAAUCAAAUCACUUUUAUUGUCACAUCACAUGUGCUGGUAUACUGGUACACCACUUGUGGGUGAAAUUCUUGUGUGCAAGCUUCAGAAGCAACAGUGGUGUGCAAAAUACAUGUGAGAAUUAUAAGAAUAAAUAUAUUUACAAAUAUAAGAAUGUAUGCAUAUUACUAAAUAUGUAUACAUAUGUAUAUAUAUAUAUGUGUGUGUGUGUGUGUGUGUGUGUGUAUACAUAUAUAUAAAAUAAAAUAUACAGAGGUCAGCAGCAUGACUAUUGUGCAAAAGAAAUGGCAUAUAUGUACAAUAUGGAGUGCAUAAAUGUGGAAGUUCUGGUAAGUGAAAGUGAGGUGAUUAUGAAGUGUUCAGCAGUCUGGUGGCCUGAUGGAAAAAGCUGUACCUCAGUCUGCUGGUUCGAGACCAGAUACUGCAGUACCUCCUGCCUGACGGAAGUAGUUUGAACAGUUUAUGGCUGUUCAAGAGUCUUUGAUGAUCCUCCCCACUUUCCUCAGGCACCGCUUCUUGUAGAUAUCCUGGAGGGAGGGAAGCUCACCUCCAAUUAUCCGUUCAGAACACCGCACCACUCUCUGGAGAGCUUUGUGGUUGUAGGCGGUGCUGUUGCCAUACCA